AUGUCGUCGAAGAAGAUGAUCGUGUUGAAAAGCUCCGAUGAUGAAUCGUUUGAGGUGGAAGAAGCGAUCGCACUCCAAUCGCAGACGAUUGCACAUAUGGUCGAAGACGAUUGCGCAAACAGUGGAAUACCGAUCACAAACGUCACAAGCAAGAUCCUCUCGAAAGUGAUCGAGUACUGCAAGAAGCACGCGCAUGGUGGUGAUUCUUCAGAAUCCUCUUCCUCGGAGGAGAAGGAAGAUCUCAAGAAGUGGGACGCCGAGUUCGUGAACAUCGAUCAAUCAACAAUCUUCGAUCUCAUUCUUGCUGCGAAUUAUCUAAACUCGAAAGACCUUCUCGACCUCACCUGCCAAACCAUCGCUGAUAUGAUCGCAGCCUGCAAAAACGCCAACGAGAUUCGCGCCAAGUUCUGCAUCGAGAACGAUUUUACACCCGAGGAAGAAGCAGAGGUUUUCAAAGAGAACCAAUGGGCCUUUGAAUGA